CACCAGCCUGCGUGCACCUAUGGUAGCUCGCCAGCAUCUCGAAGACCUCACCACUGGCGGCCGCCGCAACCUCGUGCGAUAACCUUGGUCCUCACCCACAAAGCCAGCGCCAGCCACGAUGGCGCCCCGACUAUCUUUCGCACGCGCAAUUGCGCAGCCUCUGGAGCAGCUGCGCUGCCAAUUCGCCCAACUCAGCACAUCUGCCACGAAGCAAGCCCUUCGGAAAGAUGGCCCCAAGACGGCGACAAGCAAACUCCUCGAUCUCGGAUCUUCCCCCUCGGGCAGCAGCAGCAGCGGCCCGCUCUCGCGCGACAGCACCACCGGCGUAUCAGACCUGUACGCGGCGAUCCGGCGACCCGGCCACGCCUCGUCCCGGCGGCGCACGCGCGAGGAGUCGCGGCAGGACCUGGAGGAGAAGCUCAAGCUCAACAACCAGCGCGAGGACUACCUGCGGCAGCUGAGCCGCAAGUGGGCCACCGGCGACAUCUACUCGCCGCACGACCUGAGCCCCUCGGAGAUGUCAAAGUUCCGCCAGACUAGCAGCCGCAAGCAGGACCUCGUCGACGUCCUGGGCCUCCGCCCGCUCGACAUGUACCGCAACUUCAGCUUCGUCGCCGAGGCCAUCACGCCUCACGGCAGGAUCCGCCCCGCGUCCAUGACCGGCCUUCGGCCCGUGAACCAGAGAAAGCUGGCCAAGGCAGUGCGCAGAGCAGUCGGGCUUGGGAUCCACCCCUCGGUGCACCAGCAUCCCGAGUUGCUGCUGCGGAAUCUGCAGCGGACGAGGCGGCAGAACGAGGCCACGCGGGCGACGUAUGGUGCGUAGAGAGGUUGUGGGAUGACAUCCAGAAGGCAUGAGGCGUUUGGCUAUGAUAUAAGGAAAUGGGACUUGGGCCACCGCUCAGACUGGAUAGGAGAGGGCCAGAUUCAGCACAUGAGGGGGCCCAGGGCUCAGAAGAGCCUGAUGUUCCGUCACAAGCAGCAUGUGACACACCACCAUGGCGAUAAUUGGCACACCUUCAGGAGUGAGCAUCCUUGCUCCUUGCUCCCAUGUACAACAAGACGCAGGUUGUGCCUCCAAUUUCCCGACGUGCGCAUGUAUCAAAUACUGUAGAAAACAAAACAAGUUUGUACAAAAGC